AUGUUUCUAUCGGCAGCUGAAGGAAAAUCGAGUAGUAAAUCGGCUUCUCAUGGUUCUCUUCAUAAUCAAGGUGGUAAUAAUAAUAAUGGAGGAGUAGUUGCCAUGUCGAAAUUAACUGUAAUGAAUUCUUCACGUGGUUUGGGAUUAUUAUCCUCCUCGAAACGAUCUUCGAGUUAUGGUGAUGAAUUUUACAGACAAUACGAUCAGGAUUCGAAUAAUUCGAAUAAUUUAAUGAUAACAACGACCACGACAAGUAAUGUAGUUCCUGGAUCUCCGAAUAUGAAGGGUAGUGUUGGAGUUGGAGGAUUGUAUUAUGCAAAUUCUGUUUUGAAUAAUAAUUUUGAAUGGAGCUACAAAGUGGAGACACAGAAGGAUGGUAGGAAACGGGCCAAUAGUUUCAAAGAUUUGUGUUUCAUGUUACCGCUGCUUUCAAUCAUUAAUACAAGUGCUUUCAAUGUGGUGAUGCAAAAUGCUGGUCAACUGUUAGGAACAAAUUCCGAAAAUGGAAAUAUUUAUACCAAUGACAAAAGUUUAUUUACAGUUUAUCACCAAAUAGAUCGAGAGUUAUCAAAAUCAUUAACUGGUGAUGCUGUAAGUCCUGCAACAUCUUCUCCUAUCAAUGCCAUUUUGAUGCCGAAUUCACCAGGCAGUUCACAAGAUGUGUUGAGUGAUUGCAAUUCUGACUUGGUAUUGUCGAUACCAAAUAGUCCUUCAUCAGGUUCCUUACAUCUCUAUAUGGAAUCUCAACAAAAACAGCACUCACCAAGUGAAUCUAACAGUAAUAUUCUAAAUUUGAGAGAGAAAUUCAUUCUUUUCAUUGUAAAUAAUCACCCAAACCAUUUAGGAAAACAAUUUACCAUGCAUGCACACUUGAAAGAAGGUAUAAGUGGUAAACAGUUGGCAGAAGUCUCUGUAAGAACCAAGCUCAUGUUUCUCGACUUGUUUUAUGGUUGCAGUAGAGUACAUGCCAAGAAGCCAAUUCAAAACUGUACAGAUAUUGUAGUAUUGCUAGAGCAAUUAACAUACAAUUUAGUUAGAACGAGUGGGGAUGUAAUUCUCGAAGAAAUGGACAUUGACAUGAUGAAUCAUAUGGUUGAACAACAAACUUCAUUGCCCUAUUAUAGACACAUGUCUGAGGCAAAGAAUUUCGACUGUGUGCAAAACGAAAGAUUGAAAAACUUCCUAAACAAUACUUUUUCCCGAAUUUUCAAAUCACCAGACGAAUCAGAAAAUCAAGAUUCCAUUUUUGCAGAACUUCUUUUAGAAAUACGUUACAUUUCUGAUAUGAUUUAUUUGGAAAUGGAAGACAUUUAUUCAAUCUUUCAAUCUAUUGCACCAUUCAAAGAAGCUGUAGAAGAAUUUCUUGGCAAAGGAAUUCAAGAAAAUACACUUCCAAUGCACAUUGUUCAAAUGUAUAAGAAGAAACUAGAGGAAGAGAAAGCUUUCCAAACUGAAAAGAACCAUCUCCUCUUAAGGGAUCAAGAUUUUCAAGCAAAGAACAUUAUCGACAAGGAUUGGAAUUUGGUAAAGCACCUUUCGAGAGGACAUGCCACCGAUUGGAAGGUAGUUCACUCCCAAAGCCACAACGAAUAUAAGAAGAAACAUUUGAAAUCGCAAAACAAUGAUGAACAAUUAAUUAACCUAUUCCCAUACUCAAUGAUAGUGUACAAUACCAAGCGACCAUAUCAUACUGGAAUAGAUAGCAAGGAUCUCAAGUCUAGUAAGAUGGUUACAACUUUGGAUUAUUCGAUUGAACAAGUGGCUAAAACAUUUGGUCAUGAUUAUGCUCUAUCUGAAGAAUUUUCAGAAGUGGAAUUCACUGAAUUCAUUCCUCUCAAUGAAUCAAACUCACUACACAAAUACCCUAGUUUUACCUUCAAUGCCUCUGUUGAACUUGGAUCCUCAAGUAAGAAGAAGAAAAUGGAAGGAAUCCUCUCUACCAAAAUCUCCCUUGUAAAUACACCAGGUAGAGGAAACGAAUUGAAUGAAAUAUGCUUUGUCUACAAGUCGUGUCAGGCCUCCUCGAAUAAGAAGGAAUCCAUUAUCAUUUGGUGUGCCAGAGUUUUCACUAGAAUCGACAAUCAUAGAACGAGACUAUUCCAAUUCAAGCUUUCGAAUAUUGGAUCACUUUCAUCCUCAUUCCUCUCCUCCUCUAAGGCAUUCCUUAAAAAGAAUAUAUCUGAAGACCAUUCUCGUAUUCUAAAAGAAUUACAAUCAGCUGAAAAGGAUGAAUUCCCAACUCCAUCCGAAUCAAAUCACAUCAUGAGAACAAUGCGAGAUUAUUGCCUGCAUUAUCACAACACGGAACUCAAAGAUUUAAUUCGAAACAAUUGAAUCAACAAUAACUCUGUAAUUAAACAAUAUUUCAAUACCUC